AAUAUAACCGCAUUAACAUCCACGCCAACCAGAGCCACUUUCAUUCUUGUUUGCCACCAAUCGAAAGUGGUGGCUUUGUGGCGCUACGACACCACCAUUUGCACCUGUGUGGGUGCUUAUGUAUGCGACUUCCUCAAUCGGUUGCCGCUAGACAGAUCGCUGCUAUUGAUAGCCGGGAGCUCCACUUUAAAUAGCAACCGAUUUUGGGGGCCCGAACCCAGUUAACUUAAAACGUUAGAAGUAUUUGGGACAUGAAGUUGACGGCGUGGCUCAGUGUUUUCGCGUUUGUGUGCUGUGUGGAAGCAAAUCCACUGCUCGGAUUAGUAGAUCCCCAAUGUAAAGUGGUUCAAGGAGAGUGUCCCCAUCCAGACGUCAAGUUCUGGCUAUAUUCCAAUGAAACUCGGAGUAAUCCCAAGCUAUUGAAACCUGAAGACCUUAAUCCGUGGGACUUUCAACCGCCACGUCCUCUUAAAAUCUUGAUCCAUGGCUAUACAGGAUAUCGGGACUUUGCUCCAAAUUCGUAUAUACGUCCCGUGUUGCUAGAUAACGAGGACGUCUAUGUGAUCUCCUUGGACUAUGGGCCUCUGGUCAAAUAUCCUUGCUACGUCCAGGCGGUGCAGAAUCUUCCACUGGUCAGCAAGUGUCUGGGCCAGUUGAUCAACAAUCUGGUGGACCGAGGAAUAGUUCAAAAUGAUCAGAUCCACUUAAUUGGCUUCAGUUUGGGCGGUCAGGUGGCGGGUCAGACGGCCAACUAUUUGAAGCGUAAAUUGAAAAGGGUCACCGGUCUGGAUCCUGCUAAGCCUCUAUUUGUCCUGGCCGGCGACAACAGACGUCUGGACCCCGGUGAUGCCGAGUUUGUGGAUGUCAUUCAUAGCGAUGUUUUUGGUCGUGGAAUGCUGCGAUCCAUGGGACAUGUCGAUUUUUAUCCAAACCUUGGGGCCCAGCAGCCCGGUUGCAUGGAGGAGAACCCCUCAGAUCCUGGCAGCUGCAAUCACGAAAGGGCUCCUCGCUUCUAUGCCGAGUCUAUUAACUCCUCGGAUGGAUUCUGGGGACGGCAGUGCUCCAGUUGGCUGCUCCACCUCAUCAGAUUGUGCCCCACGAGCGGUAGGCAAGCUCGUAUGGGCUAUCACUUGUCGACUGAGAUGAGGGGCUCGUAUUUCCUGGAAACCAAGAAUAUGACUCCAUUCGCUAUGGGCAAAGUAAAGGACGUGGAUAACAGUAAAAUGCUAGCCAAAUUUAGGCUGGCCACAGAUUAUAACGAAAUCAAGAAUGAUUAUGAACCGCAGUUGCUGGAAGCCUUCCUCGAUGACUUUCCAGACGUUGAAAAAUCACAAGAUGCUGACUUGGACAAUAAAUUGGAGUGGCUCGACUCAGAGGAAGAUGAGCCUUUAAAUAAAACUUAGAGAGAGAGA